GCCUAAUGGCUAGGUAGGUUGGUAGAAGGCGCGCCCUUGGCGGGAAUUCGCCUGUAAGACGGCAAGUCCCACUCGUUUUAGCUCAAGUACUUUACAGCGACCUCGGCCCCUGCUCGGCCUCCGAACCCCUCAAACAGGCACUGGAUCCUAUAAAGCAUCUUGUAUCACUGGCAUCGAAUAUCUGAGAACGCCGGGGUUUGAGUCUGCAGUACGCAUAUUUGUGUGGCAUUUUCCUUUUUGGUUCUUGUGGUUUUCUUUUUGGAGUCGGCUCGAGCCCAGCAGCCCUGAUUGGACGGCCUUGGUCCGUCGCUAGGCGUGUGUCACUGUAGCUGGUAAGAAUGGGUGCCAAUCGCGCUGGGGCAUGCGGUGUCAUGAUGUCCCUUGCUUGGUGUUUGUUGUUAUUCGCACCCCCUAGCCCGCUCGCUGAUGCCCGAUGUGUGUAGAUAGAGACUCCGUUCAGCCACGCCAUAUUGAAAAUGCCGGCCAUUAUGGAUGAUCCCUCGGCUCCGACCAUCCAUCGCGUGUCCGGGGCCCUUCCGUACCCGGACCCGAGUCGGCCGGCGCUGCCCGCAAAUAUCCGGCCACGCCAGGUAACCCUCAGAGACCGCCAGAGCGUUGCCACUGUUGUGCCCUUGGUGUCGCGUGACCAGGUUCCGCCCUCGUUACUGCGUUACCUGUCUGACCAAUUUGCUAAGGAGAUCGAGUCCGGGGAUACUUAUCCCAUGAUAGAGCCUAUGCCCUUUGAGAAGUUCUCUGCAUACUGGCUCCAGAAUUUCGCCGGCAUCAUGCUUCUUGGCCAGAUAAACAGCCCAGACGAAGUUGUCGAGGGCAAGGACUGGUCUCGGGAAUGUCUAGGUAGUUUCUAUAUCAAGCCUAACUACCCCGGCCGAAGCAGCCAUGUAUGCAAUGCUGGGUUUCUGGUUACGGAUCUCGCUCGCAACCGUGGCGUUGGCCGCCUCAUGGGUGAAGCCUAUCUGGACUGGGCACCGAAGCUAGGUUACACGUAUUCCGUGUUCAACCUUGUCUACGAAACAAAUGUGGCAUCGUGCAAGAUCUGGGAUGCUCUCGGCUUUAAGCGCAUCGGUCGUGUCAAGGGCUGCGGAAAUUUGAAGUCGUAUCCGGACAGGCUAGUCGAUGCCAUUAUCUACGGCCGUGACCUGGGAACCGACGCCAGCGAAGGAGGCGACCCGCUACUUGUGAGUGAAGAACGUUUCGACAAGAUCAAAUUUUACCUCAAAUCACGGCGCUACCCCAACGGAUCUGACCGCGCGGAGAAAAGCAGGCUCCGGAGCGCAGCGACGCACUAUAAGCUUCUCGACAACGAUGUUUUGAUGCUCAAGGAUAAAGAGGUCAUAAGUGAUCCGAUGCGUCAGAUGGCCAUCGCUAGAAAAACCCACGAAGAGGGUGGUCAUGCUGGCAUCAAUAAAACCACGUCGGUGAUUGCCGAGAAGUACCACUGGAGUCGCAUAAAAGAGACUGUCUCGGAUGUAAUUAGGACUUGUGAGCAUUGCAAGGACCUGGGCAAGAGCCCAUCUGCUCAGAGCCAAAACCAGAACCAGAAUAUAAGUCAAAAUCAAACCCAAGAUCAGCCUGAAAGUCAACAACAGACCUUUGCUAGUGCUCCAGGCCAAUUCCAUGAUGUGAGCGAGAUACGAAAUAUCCCAGACUGUACCACUGACUUCAUGGCACCCCAGCCGCCACCGCCUCACGGCGUCGUGGAAGCUGCCAACAGUAUUAUUGGCUUGCACUCGUCUAUGCAUGAAACCUCGCAUCUAGUGACACACUCCAACAACCCCUAUGUGCAUGCUAGUGAUAUAGCAUCCCUACUCAACCCCCCUUUCCAUGCCCCGUCUAGUCCCGGUAUCCAUGGGCCGACUCACGAUCUCAUGUUGCAUGGAGGGCUUCACGAUGCUUCUGCAGUGGCCGCGCGGGUUUCCCUGCACGAUGCCGAAAUGUAUCACCCGAUUGAUCCGCAGAUAAUCUCACAACCCGUCACAAGUCACCCGCACCAUCACCACCCGAACACAUUCGACAAUUUCCGCCCACGCAUCCCGCUAUCGCACCAUCACAGUCUCCCCGAGCAUCACGAUCCAAGAGGUUCUAACAUAUCGCAUUCAUCUCUAUCAGCGCACGAUCUAGACUACAGUCCACACGUUUCCCACGCACCACUCCCCAACGAGGCAUUACACGGCGUGGUGGCUACACAAAAUCCCUCCCACGACCCCGACUCCUUUCAAGCACUCCUCAACGACGCAGACGCCGACGUAGCCCUAUCAUUACAUCCCCACCCCCAUCACCAUCGCCACGACCACGACCAAGACCAAGACGCCGUGGACAGGGACAUGGCGAUGCUAAUCGAGCACGACGACGACACGCCCUCGCCGUCUUCAGACCCGUCGCUGCGGUGCGAAAUGGACAUCGACGACCUCUGUCUCGGCACUUCUACCAAGGCCGCCGCGCAGCAAAAAAGAGCCAUGGACGGGAAGGAGAAAGACGGCGGCGAUCAUGCCGCUGACGGGGACAUAAGUCUGGCGUACGGGACGAAGAGAAGUGAUAUCUACGACGUUGUAUUCGAUGCGCAGGGGCAAAGCCAAGGCGAAUGAAAAUCCAUGAACGGCUUGGGGCGGGGGUGGGUUCAGCUUCGAUUUGGUGAUGUGAAAUGACGUGAUAUGACCUCUGUUAAAUACAUAGCGAUUAGUAGUAACCCUCUUUGUAAAGAAAGCGAGAAAUGUGUUUUCAGCGGAUAUAUAUACAUAUAUAUAUAGCUUUCUUUAGAUGAAUUUCACGGGAUGGGUAACUGAGGAAAAGGGGUUGCUUGAAAAAAUACUGCCUGUUAGUGAAAUCGGAUCAAACACACGCAUUCUGACCUUAUCAAUGCUCAGUUACAUACACUAGGGAA